AUGACAAAGAUGAUUUUCUUCUUAAUACUAGUAUUUAUUCCAUUAAUGGCAUGUAACGAGUUACAGGUCUACAUUAACUUACAAGUUAAACGUGAAAUGGACGCGUCCAACGCGUAUUUAUCGUUUUCCCAUCGUCUGGCGACUAACGGCACUUACAUGGGUUUUUCUGAAUAUUUUCGUCAAUCGGCUGAAGAAGAACGACAACAUGGACAAAAACUGAUAGAUUAUUGGGCUUUACGUAAUAAAGAUACAACAUUAUCAGAUUUAGUUGUGGAGGAUGAAGUUGUUGAUGCAAAAGAUCUAAUUGAAAUGAUCCGACUAGCCCACACAAUGGAACAGAAAGUAUUCAUUAGUCUCAACAAUGUUCGGACGAUGGCACAUAGUGCGAAAGAUUAUUCAACUGUUCAUUUUAUUGAAAAAGAAAUGUUAGAAGAACAAACAACAGCUCUUAAACUGAUCCAUGACUUGACAAGAAAAAUUGAACGAAAUUCAGACGAUGCAAAAAUAUUGUUAAACUUAUUGGAUCGUGAUUUAAGAAAAAAUCAAAUCAAAACUGUAAAACCUUAA